AUGAAAUAUGCUAUUGUAAUAAUAACUUUAACAUUAACUUUAUUUAGUGGUUUAAAUGUAAAGGGAUUUGAUUUAAAAGGUUUUAUAACUAAAUAUAGAAGAUCAAGACAAUAUAGAGAACUUCUCAAAGUGAAUAUUGAAGUCAAUAAUGAAGAAAGUUUAAAUGGUAUUUGUUUACAUAAUUAUAUUAAAUUUCAUACAAAAUUUAGAAUUCUUAAUAAAAGUUAUUUAUUAUGGCCAAAAUUAACAAAUAAUAUUUCAAAAAUUAAAUCAAAAUUGAUUUUGGAUGAAAAAUUUGCUGAGAAUAGUUCAUUAGCUGCUGUUAAAAGAAUACUUCAGAUGCGUAUGAGUAAUUCAUUUAAUCAAUAUACAUCUGAUCCUUUAGAUUUUUUUUUGUUGUAUUCUAGUAAAACUUUGGAUUUAAAAAAUAAAUCAGAUAUAAAUAAUAAUAUAGAUGAUAAUGUUAAAAUAAAGGUAGAAAAUGCAAGUAAAAGAUUAAUUCGUACUAUAAGGUAUUUAAAUAUAAUAAAAAAUAUGGAAAAUAAAAAUUAUGUAAAUAUAAAGUUGAAUAAUAAUGAAGUAUUUGAAAAUAAGAAAAAUCAAUGUAAAGAAGAAUCUUCUAAUUUAAACUUAAUGAUAGUUUUUCUUAUAAAUAUAAUUAUUAAUCCUUGUUUUAAAGAUAUAGCAAAUUAUGGAAAUAUCAUUAUUUCAAGAGUAAAACCUAGAAGAAGGCAUAUGGUUGCUUCUAUUCAGAGAGAUGUUGAUUCAUUAACAAGUUUAUAUAGAGAAACUCAUUUAUCUUGUUUAAAUAUAAGAAGUCUUAAAUCUAAAAAGUAA